GGGAGCUAAAAGUACAGCAAAAAUAGCGCGCUGUUUCCUCGCACUGUGAAUGACUAGUUGAAGGCGACAGUCAAUGAGCCAGACCAUGGAGAAUCAAAUCGCUCGUUGCAAGAUUGUUGUAGUUGGGGAUGCGCAAUGUGGGAAAACUACUUUAUUACAUGUAUUUGCUAAGGAUUGUUAUCCCGAGAAUUAUGUUCCCACUGUGUUUGAGAAUUACACAGCGAGUUUCGAAAUUGACAAGCAGAGGAUCGAGUUGAACAUGUGGGACACUUCAGGAUCAGCGUAUUAUGACAAUGUGCGCCCACUGGCCUACCCUGAUUCAGAUGCCGUGCUAAUCUGUUUUGACAUCAGUCGUCCAGAGACUCUCGACAGUGUUUUAAAGAAGUGGCAAAGUGAGACCCAGGAAUUCUGUCCCAGUGCUAAAGUGCUGGUGGUCGGGUGUAAGAUCGACAUGAGGACAGAUCUGAACGUGCUGAGGGAACUUUCAAAACAGAGACUUAUUCCAGUCACACACGAACAGGGCAGUACAGUGGCUCGCCAAAUAGGAGCAACGGCCUAUGUGGAAUGUUCAUCUAAAGUUUCUGAGAACAGUGUCCGUGAUGUUUUCCACGUUACAACCCUGGCUUCUGUAAAUAAGAUGCAGAAAAAUCUGAAACGCAGCAAUUCCAAGCGAGGAUUAAAGAGGGUGUCGCAAAUGCCUGGGAGGACUGACUUACUGGAAGGAUCCGAGAUCAGAAAGGACCGUGCUAAAAGUUGCUCCAUGAUGUGAAGAACGAACUUAUCAUUAUUUGUAUUUAUUGUGCAUUUUGUACAGUAAACUGGCACAGAAGCAACAGGAUUGUUGCCUAGUCCAAGGUCGGCUAAGGCUUUUCCUUCAGCCUAGGCCUCAAAACUGGCUAUUUCUGAAUCCAGAGAGCUGUUGCUUAUUUAUGAGGCUUGCAGAUUGACUGUUGCUGUGUUGGCUUCUUGUGCAAAGGAACUAAUGAAGAGGAAGAUUAACCAAGUGUUUGAAUGUUUGUGAAACUGUGUUGCUAAGGGAGAUGUGGGCUGUUUGUAUUGAGAGCUGGAUUUCUACGAGGACUUUGGGAGUGAUUGUUGGCAGUGAUAGCUUUUUGUUGUGUUGUGUAGUAAAAAUCUAUGACACUCACUUUGAGUAUUGCCUUUUAAAACAAACUCUAUUGGGUUUUAACAAAUACACAAACUAUAAUAUCCCAAUUAUUUCAUUAUCUUCAGAAUUUAAGCAUUUCCAUCAAUAGUUUUAUUGAACUUGCAUAGACUCUGAUAGAGAAUUUUGUGCAAGUUUAUCAUUCCUAAUUCAUUAGGAGAUUUUACAUUCCUCAAAAUGAUACAGUAAUUGCAGGACUGAAACGUCCCUGUAGUGCGACUGUGCCUUCAUAACUCAAUAAUGGAAAGCUUGCUGCUAAUCUUGUACUGGCCUAUACUGACCUACAGAAAAAUGACACUUCGUAUCAGGGUGAGUCCCUAGGAUUAAAGAUUUUGUCUUAAAUUUAGCUCUCUUUCCAAAUGUUUCGGGAUCAGGGUAAAUUUUCUGUAGCUGUGCAUCUCAAUUGAAAUAUUAGUGAUUUGAAAUUUCUCUUCUAAAGGAGACAUCAGCUGAACAGAAUCAUGGGUGCAGUCUACAUGUUCUUUCUCAAUCAUGCUCAGUACUACGGUUAAGAGGUGCAGUAUCAGAAUGCAUUGCAUUACUCAAUUCAUUGUGAAUUGAUAAUUUUGUCCCCAAGUACAACACCUUGUCAGACUCUCUGAAUUUUUAGGGCAAGGAUCAGAUUUGUAUCAGCAAUUGGAAUUUGUGAAUGGCCCUUUUGAAGACAGACCUCUAAGUGGCCAACACAUAAUUUGUUAGAAAUAGCCAUUGGCAACUAUGGGUUAAAAGAGCUGCAUUCAUAUAAUUUGCCCGUGAGCACUUCUGUAGCACAAGUGUAACUGAAGGAAAAAAUCAAAGGUGACCUUUCGUGUAACCUAAGCUUCCUGUGACAGUUGUCACUGGGCUUGCUGCACUGGGAUGAAAUUGUGUGUGAUCAUUUCUUGAUGCACUUGAGCUGACUAUUGAACCACCUUGUCAUUCCCCUCAAGGGCAAGUGGCGAGACAGAGUCGAUUGUAACCUCCGCUGCUGACAGUGGUCAGGUAUGAGACUGACUCUGACUCAGCCUACACAGUGUCAGCCCAUUUUGAAUUGCUUCAAUGUUUUUUUUUCAUUUUACAAUAAAUAAUUCCAUUUUUAAAAAAAAAGGUCUGUAACCAAUUAGAACCAUUGACUGGAGAAUUCUUGUUCUACUGUAAUAGAUCUUAUCAACUAAUGGUGUUUCCAGUUCAAACCAUAUCCUAGAAAAACAAAUACAUUUUAAGCCUCAGAACUGUUGAUUCACUGUAUAUCACUUGAUAGCAGAAACUGUCAUUUAAUUAAACAAAACACACCUUCAAUAAAAUAAAAUAGUUGAGUA